CAGUCAGAACGAAGGGUGGGGGGUGCGUAUUGAAACUGUUGAGGCUGGUUUUCCUGUUUGGAGGAGAAGGUUUAUUUUGUGCAAUUUUUGCGAGGCGAAGGAAGAGUGCUGGUGUGCAUAUGACUGUCCAGUGUUCCGGAGUUUUCUGUUGUGUGAUGUCAUCUUUGUGAGAUCAUCUGCAUGAAAGACAAAACGGGUCCGACGCAACAGGAGGCCUUAAAAGUAACUGGAAAGGGAAUUUGUAAUCUCCUGAUACGUUGAGGACUCGGCACAGCUUUGGAAGGAGGCAGACAUCCCCCUGAAGCAAUGUGGUGUGCCGGUACGGUGGGAUACCUCUGCAGAGCAUCUCCACACCAGAUAAAGGAGGAGCCAGAGGAGGGUUUGGCUGAGCGAUGGGAAGCCCGAUGGCAGGAAUUCCUUGGAACUGGAGAGUCGCCUCACUCCAGCUGGGCAGUCCCACAACUGCCAGAGAAGUCCACCCCAUGGGAUGACGCCAAGGCCUUCCUGGCCUCCUUUGAGCAAGUGGCGGAAGCCUGUCAGUGGCCCCAGGAAGAGUGGGUGACCCGACUCCGGCCAGCCCUCAGUGGAGAAGUUGAACUGGCCUUUUUCAGCCUGGAGGCCCGAGACAGAGAGAACUAUGGAAAGGUGAAGGCAGCUGUCUUGCAAGGGGAUGCCAUCUUCAGAGAGAAGCUGCGUCGAUGCUUCCGGUGUUUCUGCUACCGGGAGGCUGAGGGGCCACGGGGGACGUACAGCCAGCUCCAGGAGCUUUGCUGUCGGUGGCUGAAGGUUGAGCAGCCCUCCAAGGAGCAGAUCCUGGAACUCUUGAUCCUGGAGCGGUUCCUGACUGUCCUCCCACCAGAGAUCCAGAGGUGGGUCAGGGAAUGUGGCCCGGACACAUGCUCCCAGGCAGUGGCCCUAGCCGAGGAGUUCCUGGUGAGACGGCUGCAGCCAGUGAGACAGGAAAAGCAGGUGCCCUUGGAGGAAACCUCUGGAAGUGUCCCAGAGGCAGGCCAGGAUCUAUCUGAGAACGAGCGGAGGCAGCCAUCGAUGAUUGUCAAGGAAGAAGAGGAUGGAGAGGCCUGCCCACUGGAAGCCAGAGGUUGGAUGACCACUGAGGAUGGAGAGGAAUAUGCGCCAAAAGAUUACAGAUCAGUAGAAUCAGGUGGAAUGUCAAUGUGGAAAGUAGAAAAGAAUGUUUCCCAGUGUCGUGAGCAGGAAAAUGUUCCUGCUUUUUGUGGGGACAUUUACAAUAUUGUCUUUGAAACCACAGUCCAAACAGGAGUUGAAGCUGAAGGAUCUUUGAUCCUCAAAAGAUGA